AUGGACGAGGGCUGGAAAGUAAAAAGGCCUUCUAGCGGAACAAAAGUAGAGUCUAGGUUGUUUUCUGCACAGGGGCAUAAGUGGAAGUUAGUUCUAUCAUACAAGGGCGGAAGGGUGUAUUUGGCACUAGAGUAUCAAGGGGGAUCCUACCACGACGUUUUGACGGCAUUUUGUUUCUCCAUUGAUGGAGAGAAAUACGAGUAUCAGUAUCAAUUUUCUAUGUUCAAUACAGAUAUGGGAAUGUACAUUGAGGAGAAGGACAGUUAUGUCAUCAAGGUUAACAUUAGCGUGAGGUCUGGAUACUACGAUUCGAAGAAAGAGACUGGAUAUGUAGGACUCAAAAACCUUGGAGCGACCUGUUACAUCAACUCUCUGAUGCAGACUUUGUUCAACAUAGCAAAGUUCAGAAACGAUGUAUUUGGACUGGAGCCUGUUGGAAGGGUCCUACUUCUUCAGAGGUUGUUCAAGGAAAUGCAAACGGGAGAGAAUCCUGUGGACACGACGGACUUUGUUGUGAAUAAUAUAUGGGUGGAUGACGUCAAUGCACAUCAAGACAUCCAUGAAUUUUCGAAGGUUUUUUUUGAUGCUCUGGAGAAGGACAGUAAGAGAAAGGAUUUUAUUGAAGACUUGAUCCAAGGGGAGCUGCUGACAUACAUAAAUGGAAGAUGUGGCUGUGUCCGUCGGAUAAAGGAGAAGUUCCAGGACAUUCAGGUUGAGAUUCGAGACUUUUUCAAUAACAAGCUGUCGUCAAAUCUAGAGGAGUCUCUAAAGAGAUAUGUGAAAAGUGAAACGCUUGAGGGAAACAACAAGUAUAACUGUGAGAACCAUGGGCUCGUUGAUGCAGAGAAAGGGGUGAUGUUUGGCUCUCUUCCACCGGUUAUGUUUGUUCUUCUGAAAAGAUUCAAUGUUGAUUUCGAGACGGGAAAUGGAUAUAAGAUAAACGAUUACUUUGAAUUUCCUUCCUCUCUCGAUAUGUCGCCGUUCAUGGAUAAAGAUGAAGGAAAGGAGUCCGAAUCUCCGGAGAUAUACAAUCUGUACUCUGUGAUAGUUCACCGAGGAGAUCAUGAUGAGGGGCACUUCUAUGCCUAUGUGAAGAUCAAAGGGAAAUGGAUCAAGUUCAACGAUACAGUUGUGACAGAGGCAGGAGAAGUGGAGGCACUGGAGCACAACUUUGGAGGAAGACACCCAUACAAGGACAAAGUAAGAGACCACUCGGGAUACUACCUGGUUUAUCUUAAAAAAGGAAUGGAAGACGAACUAUUGAAUGCAAAGGUUACAAUUCCUUUGCAAACAGAGGAGAUGCUCAAGAAGAAGCAGAACAAAGUCUCGAUUAAGUGUGUAAAGAUAGAAAACAUCAGAAAUUACAGAGGGGCAGGGUUUUAUAAUGUUAAUUCGUAUGACUAUCCUUUGUGCAGCUAUACCGAGUUUGUUGUGAAGGAGGGAGACAGCAUUAAGUUAUUGAGAAAUAACAUUGAGAGACUUCUUAGCACUCGGAAGUUUCUAUAUCUAUUUGAAUGUACUGCAAUGGAUGAGGGCGAAAGGACUGGAGCAGCAGACAGGCCUGGAAAAAGGAUUAAGGAAGAUGGAUACGGCUUGACGGGACCUAGAACGGAAAAGGACUCGGAGGAGGAUUCCAGGAUUGUCGAGAACUCAAGAACAAGCUAUCAAAGAAAGGUAGUUCUUGUGAAGGAUGGGAUUAUCAAUGCUGAUGCAGACUACUUCAUCUAUACGUGUUACCCGGAAGUAGACUUUGAAAAAAACAGACUUAUUUUCCUCAAGGUCUUCAGUAAUACACCUUGGUGUGAAGACACAUUGCCGACGUCCCUGAGGCUCUGUGCAUGUAUACACAUGGAUGGAACAAUUGGGGACAACAUAGAUGCUAUUAUUGAGAAGACGAGCCUUGACGACAUCUCUGUGUUUAGGGAAUUUGAUCCGUCAUCUGCGUUAGACCUAUCUAGCAAGGUCUCAGAUCUUCCCCAAGGAGACGUCUUGAUUGUAGUGAGGAGAGAGGAUGUCCUGGAGUUUCUCGACUUUAUCAACGAGUUCUACAGAAGGAUGUGUGUGAACGUUUUGUGCGGGCCCCAUAACUUCACUGUGUUUGUAAAGAGAGGGCUCACAGGUUUGGAGCUGGAGAGCAAGAUUCGCCGAUUUGUGGGAUCGAAGGAAAUCUUUCUGAAGCCAAAGAGAGAAGCAGUCUCCGACAGCUCUGGGUUCAAAACUGCAGCCGAGGACUUUGGUCAAUCUGAUGGGGAGUCUGAUAUGUAUGAACACCUCCAGUCUAAGAACUCCGUCUCGUGCACAAUCACUCCUGGGCAUCAAGUGGUAUAUUUAGCAUUUUGCAAUAAGGAGAUCGACUACAACUCUAUUCCCCAUCUCCACAUCUUUAUAACCAAGUCUGGAAGUACUUCCUUGGAAUUGAUCAAGAGUGUUCUUGUGUCUCAUUUCAUAUGUCUUAAUCCCGUGAGAGGACACUCGUUGAAGACCCUAAGGAUAGUCGAUUCUGUAAGGGACACUCUAUAUCUCAAAGCAUUUACUGCAUCUGAAGAGUUUACAGCCAACGGGAUGUGUGUGAUUCAGCCAUUUGUCAGGAGAACAGUCAAGACCGCAUACUAUAGUGGAAUGUAUAAGGUAGUGGGAUUCCCGUUCUUCCUCCAAACAGAUGUAGAAACGGUUGCAGAAUUCCGAAAGAAGUACAAGCUUUUUGGCAAGAUGGUGAUAUUUGACGGAAAGAGCUAUGGAGACCUAGAGCUUGACUGGCCGAUGAGUAAGUUUAAUGACGAAUGUUUUCUGCUGAUUGAGAGAACGUAA